UCGAACACACUUCACAAAAAAAUAGUUCUGUUGCUGUUUCGUAUGGUCGUACUUGUAUAGUUGUGGAUCUUCAUCAUGAAAGGAGGCUGAAUCUUCAGAAAUAAUCCUGUGCUUAGCGCUACCAAGUAAUCUGAAUGCUACACUGCACCAGUGGUGAUCGCGUCGGGCAAUUUGUUCGCACACACGAUCCAGUUUUCUAAAAAAUAUAAAAGAGAUAGUUGUACAUGUGCUUAAAUUGUAGUACUACUAAUACUAUACUAGUAAUUCUACCUCAGUGCGUGUACCUGUACCCGUAGAGAAUAGAAAGCUCGUGAGUCGCAUCGACACAUACGGAACGUCUGCGGAGUAGUUGAACUACGUGGAACUUCAGAGUCGUCCUACCGGCGUGGGAGAAAGAUCUUCUUAUAAUAUUGCUAGCUAGCCUCAUCGUGCCUGGGCUUGUAAUCUUGGACAGCAGCAAGCCCACUGUACAGUUACUGCUUCAACCUAUGCACUCUUGCUAGUAUACCUGGCAUACCACAAGGUACACCAAUGGCCACGGAUUGAAGAGCGCAUGCAAUCGACUGUCAGUAGCAGGCAUGGAGCGACCAUCGAACACCACAGCAGCCGCGAGCUUGGACUCGGAUGAGGAGAUGCCGGAUGCCCUAUCCUCCAGCAGCAAGCAGGCCGAGCAGGGGACAAGCAAUCGCCAGGAGAUGACGACGUUUGUGUAUGUGCUGACGUUCUUCGCGGCCAUCGGCGGUUUUCUGUUCGGCUAUGACACUGGUGUUGUGUCGGGCGCCAUGCUGAAGCUGGCGCAGGACUUUGACUUGGCCACAUGGCAGAAGGAGCUGCUUGUCAGUAUCACCAUAGCCGGUGCGGCUGUGUCAAGUGCUGCCGGUGGCGUGCUCAAUGACUACCUGGGACGUAAGCCGGUGCUGCUAGGUGCGUCACUCGUCUUCACAGCCGGUGCUGGCCUGAUGGCUGUGUCGACACAUUGGAUUGAGCUGCUCAUGGGUCGUCUCAUCGUCGGCAUUGGAAUCGGCUUUGCCUCCAUGACGGUGCCAAUGUACAUCAGCGAAGCAGCCCCGAUCCAUGUGCGUGGCAGCUUGAUCACGGUCAACAACAUGUUCAUUACAGGUGGCCAGUUUGUUGCGAGUGCUGUCGACGGUUUGCUGGCUGACGUGCCGCAUGGCUGGAGAUACAUGCUUGGUAUCGGUGGCAUUCCCAGUCUCGUUCAGUUUGUCGGGUUCCUGUUCCUGCCGGAGAGCCCUCGCUAUCUGGUCAAAAGGCGCAAGUUUGGCCUGGCCAGGAGCGUUCUGCAGAGAAUACGCGGCAGCAAUGCCAACAUUGACGAAGAGUUUGAAUCGAUUCAGGAGGAAUGCUUGUCAUCAGUAGUUGAAGAUCAAGGUACGUUUGGCACACUUGUGCGUAUGUUCCGGUCCGGCCCGGUGCGGCGAGCUCUCAUAGUCGGCUGUUUGCUACAGGCCUGCCAGCAGCUAACCGGUAUCAAUACACUGAUGUACUACAGUGCAUCAAUCAUCAAGAUGGCAGGGGUGGAGGACGACACCAAGGCCAUCUGGCUUGCAGCGGCCGUGGCUGCUGGCAAUCUUGUCUUCACCGCCGUCGGCGUUUACCUGGUGGAGCGCUCUGGCCGCCGCAAACUGAUGCUGGGCAGCCUGGCAGGUGUGACCCUGUCCCUGGCUGUGCUAGGCGUGGGAUUUCUCAUGGCCAGAUUGCAGUCACCCGUGGCUCUGGUAGACGGCAGCCUGCCUCCAUCCACCUGCAACACGCACAGCACGUGCAACUGGUGUGUGCACGAUGCCAACUGUGGCUACUGCUACUUGAAGCACGGCAGUCACGGCGUUCUGAACGGGACGUGCCAGCCGGUGUGGAGCGUCAACGGGACAAAGGCGACGAACCGCUCCUCGCUGUGGGACAGCAAUUACACGGACUGCAACCCGAGUGUGGCAUGCUCGCCGGCCUUUGCUGGCGACACUAUGCACGCCAACAGCACUGUUGACUCCACCGAGUGGGCGUACGACUACUGCCCGACGCAGUACGCAUGGCUGAUCGUCCUCGCUCUCAUCCUGUACAUAGCCAUGUUUGCUCCCGGCAUGGGACCCAUGCCGUGGACGAUCAACGCUGAGCUGUACCCGCUGUGGGCACGCAGCACGGGUAACUCGGCCGCCACCUUUGUCAACUGGGCGUGCAAUCUGGUCAUUUCUAUGACAUUCCUCUCGAUCUCGGAAACUCACGUUCUCGGUCGCGCCGGAGCGUUCUGGAUCUACAUGAUCAUUGCCAUGAUCUCCUUUGUGAUCUUCUAUCGAAUCCUGCCGGAGACUAAGGACCGGCCGUUAGAAGAAGCAGAGAAACUCUUUGCCAAGCCCUGGUUUGGUGCUGGUUGUGUUGAACAUGGAGUGGAAGAGCAUUCUCCCCUCAUGACUGUACAAGCAUAGUGGACGACGGUGUGGAAAGCUUCUAGUCUAUAUGAUAUUAUAGUUACUCAAACAUUUGUGCCAUGCUGUCUUCCAUUUGUUUUGUUUGGUUGACUUUUGAUUUGUGUUCAAGCUGCUGGACGGCGCCAUGUAUUCUGUGAUAACCUUUUGCGGUGAGCAAGUAAGAAUGACAACUGCAUGCUGCUGCUUGGGACUUGUAUCCGUUGUCUGCUGAGCUUUAAAUUGAAUCCAACUGCGCAACCUUCAGGGUGAAUCUUUAUCCGUUUUAAGCCAUCAUUUUUUGUUGAGAAAGAACGUUAAUGUAGUGGCGCAUGCAUUUCUUUGACAAUUUUGUACUUCGAAGUAAUUGCUUUACAGCCGCGGCGGCGCCAGAGUGUAUUCCUAUAUCCAUUUUAGAACUAUUUUAUUUGACUUGCUUUUAUUGAUAAAUAAUACUUCAGAUCUAGUGGAUUGUGCCAUUCAUUGUC